UUCAACUGUAAACCCAAAUCUCCGUGUCUCUCUCUCACACACACACACAGUCUCUCUCUACAUUCAGAUACAAGCACUGUGAGAAUUUGGGUUUUGAUGCAGAGAUGGGUAUAAACUCAAACAGAGUGGAACACUUCUCAGGCCAUGCAAGCCACGAACCCAAUGCCACACUAAUCCCAACACAAGUGCUACUGCCACCACUGGAACUACACCAAGUUUGUUUGCCACCACACACUACCACUCUUCAGAGACUCAAACACAGACUCUCUGAGAUUUUCUUCCCAGAUGACCCACUCCACAGAUUCAAGGACCAAACAUUCCUCAAGAAAUUGUUUUUGGGUCUUCAGUUUUUCUUUCCUGUUUUUCAAUGGGGACCUAAUUAUAAUCUUACCCUUUUGAAGUCUGACAUCAUCUCUGGUCUCACCAUUGCCAGCCUUGCCAUCCCCCAGGGAAUUAGUUAUGCCAAGCUAGCUAAUCUGCCACCUAUAAUUGGACUUUAUUCAAGCUUUGUGCCGCCAUUGAUAUAUUCUGUGCUUGGGAGUUCUAGACAUCUUGGCGUCGGUCCAGUCUCUAUAGCAUCUCUUGUCAUGGGCACGAUGCUGAGCGAAACAGUUUCUUACGCUGAAGAGCCUAUUCUCUAUCUUCAACUGGCUUUCACUGCUACCUUCUUUGCUGGUUUAUUUCAAGCUUCUUUGGGUAUCCUAAGGUUAGGGUUUGUUAUUGAUUUUCUGUCCAAGGCAACUCUUGUUGGGUUCAUGGCUGGUGCAGCAGUCAUAGUAUCAUUGCAGCAGUUAAAAGGUCUACUUGGGAUUGUUCACUUCACUACCAAGAUGCAAAUCAUUCCUGUGAUAUCCUCUGUUUUCAGGCAGAAAGAUGAGUGGUCUUGGCAAACAAUGGUAAUGGGUUUCAGUUUUCUAGUGUUUUUGUUAUCAACAAGGCAAAUUAGCAUGAAGAGGCCAAAACUUUUCUGGAUUUCAGCAGCUGCCCCAUUGACAUCAGUCAUUCUCUCAACCCUUCUGAUCGCCCUACUCAGAUCAAAGGUUCAAGGGAUUUCCAUUAUUGGGCAGUUGCCAAAGGGUCUGAAUCCAACUUCAUCAAACUUGCUAUAUUUUCAUGGCCCUUAUCUAUCUCUUGCUAUCAAAACUGGCCUAGUAACUGGAGUCUUAUCUCUCACAGAAGGAAUUGCAGUAGGGAGAACAUUUGCUGCUCUGCAAAACUACCAAGUUGAUGGUAACAAAGAAAUGAUGGCUAUAGGUCUUAUGAACAUGGCUGGUUCUUGCUCUUCGUGCUAUGUUACCACGGGAUCAUUUUCGCGAUCUGCUGUGAACUACAACGCGGGAGCAAAAACAGUUGUUUCAAACAUAAUAUUGGCAGCAGCAGUGCUCGUGACUCUCUUGUUCCUAAUGCCACUGUUCUAUUACACUCCUAAUCUCAUCUUGGCCGCGAUAAUCAUCACUGCUGUGAUCGGACUUAUUGAUUACCAGGCUGCAUACAAGCUGUGGAAAGUCGACAAGCUUGAUUUUUUGGCUGCCUUGUGUUCAUUUCUUGGUGUUCUGUUCAUUUCAGUCCCACUAGGCCUUGCCAUUGCAGUCGGAGUUUCGGUUUUCAAGAUUCUCUUGCAUGUCACCAGGCCAAACACUGUCGUCUUAGGGAACAUUCCUGGAACACAUAUAUACCAAAAUCUAAACAGAUACAAAGAAGCCCUAAGAGUGCCUUCAUUUCUUAUACUAGCGGUUGAGUCUCCCAUCUACUUUGCCAAUUCCACAUAUCUACAAGAAAGGAUACUAAGAUGGGUUAGGGAGGAGGAAGAGAGGAUUAACGAAAAAAAUGAAACUACGAUGAAGUACAUAAUCUUGGACAUGACCGCUGUGACAGCCAUAGACACGAGUGGAAUUGACACACUAUGUGAACUCAGGAAAAUGCUGGACACAAAAUCACUUCAGCUUGUGCUGGUAAAUCCUGUUGGAAAUGUGAUGGACAAGCUUCAUAAGUCAAAAAUCUUGGAGUCUUUCAGGUUGAGUGGACUCUACAUGACAGUGGGAGAAGCUGUGACAGACGUAUCGUCACACUGGAUGGCUGAGCCCUAAUUGCAAACAGAAACAGAAAAAAAAAAAAAAAAAAAAAAAAAUCAUUGCCAUAGAGAAAAGAUACCAAGAAUGGAGUGGCAUUUUGAUACCUUUGUAGUCUAGGUUGAGAAAGUUUUAAGGGGAAGAGAAUUUCUUUUUAUUUUCUUUUUCUUUUUCACUCUUUGCGAGAUGUUCUUAGGCAACAAAACAUUCACCUACUGUUUCGUAAACCAAUGAAUGCUAAAAUCUUCUAAGAAGAGAUUCGGGCCUAUGUGGAAUGACUUUUCAAAACCUGCUUUUGGUUUGGGAGUCACGAAAAAUUGUUCUGUACAUCUGAGAAACAAGAUUAAACCAAACUGUCCAAGUCUAAACCAAUCGAAUCACGCUGAAUUUAGCAUAGUUGAACUUGAUGGUGCUUGUUGGAUCUUGUACGCACAAGAUGAGAUGCUUUAAGAUCUUGGUUAGAGGAGCUGUGUGUGUUUGUGCGUGUUAGUUAUUGCAUCACCUCCCUCUAGUUGAGUAAUUUGAACUAAGCAUACACGAUACUACAGAACAGGACU